AUGGCGGAUUCACACAAUAAUCACGAAACGUCUAGCGCCGAUACAACGGUCGCGCCGCAGCUGCAUGAGACUAAGUCUCACGAGGAGUCUGAGCCGGUCACUGAGCCUUUGAAGACUGAGCAGGACGCUGACAUCAAGGCUGCGGUAGAUGAUGCUGCACUAGAGAAAGAAGUCAACGGAGCGGCGCUUGACCGGACUCCCUCGCAGUCGGCGAAGAUGGGCAAGAAGCAGAUCAUCAUCGUCAUGGCCGCGCUUUGCUUGGCACUGUUCCUGGCGGCUUUGGAUAUGACGAUCAUCUCAACUGCCCUCCCGACCAUCGCUUCAGCGUUUGGUGCCUCUGAAAGUGGGUAUUCAUGGAUUGCUUCGUCCUACCUUCUUGCAAAUGCCGCUUGUAUUCCUCUUUGGGGGAAGAUCAGUGACAUCUGGGGACGGAAGUACAUCAUUCUGCUUGCCAACGUCGUCUUUCUCGUUGGAAGCUUGAUUUGUGCUUUGGCUCACAAUAUGGCUAUGAUCAUCUGUGGUCGUGCCAUUCAAGGUAUUGGUGGUGGUGGUAUUAUCAUUCUCGCCAAUAUCAGUGUCUCGGAUUUGUUCAGCAUGAGAGACCGCCCGAUGUACUAUGGUCUAUUUGGUGCUACUUGGGCUAUUGCCGGUGCGCUGGGACCUAUCAUCGGCGGUGCGUUCACUACCGAAGUAACCUGGAGAUGGUGUUUCUACCUGAACUUGCCGGUCGGAGGUGUUUCACUCGUCAUUCUGUUCUUCUUCCUCCACAUCGAAUCUCCCAAGACACCGUUUUUGGCUGGUCUGCGCAACAUCGACUGGGCUGGAACUUUCUUAAUAAUUGGCGGUACCCUUAUGUUCCUCUUCGGUCUUGAGUUUGGAGGUGUCAACUACCCCUGGGCCUCUGCCGCCGUCAUCUGCCUCAUUGUCUUCGGUGUGGUCACCUGGGCUCUGGCCGGGCUUUGCGAGUGGAAGAUCGCCAAGUACCCUGUCAUUCCUCUGCGUCUUUUCAAUGAAUGGUACAAUGUCCUCAUCCUCAUGGUCUGCUUCUGUCACGGCUUCGUCUUCAUUGCCGGUACCUACUACCUCCCUCUCUACUUCCAAACCGUCCUUUUGGCAACCCCGAUUCUCAGCGGUGUCUACGUCCUGCCUUUGGUCCUGGCCCUCUCGGUUGUCUCUGCCGGCACAGGUGUUGUCAUGAAGAAGACUGGCCGCUACCGCGAAUGCAUCAUCGCAGGCAUGUUCUUCAUGACUCUCGGAUUCGGCCUAUUCAUCGAUCUCCAACCCUACGCAUCCUGGUCCCGCAUCGUCAUUUUCCAGCUCAUUGCCGGUACGGGUGUCGGCCCCAACUUCCAGGCGCCCUUGGUCGCAUUCCAAGCCAAUAUUCGUCCCGCCGACAUGGCCACCGCAACAGCCACCUUCGGCUUCAUCCGCCAGCUCUCUACCUCCAUGUCCGUCGUCCUAGGAACCGUCAUCUAUCAGAACAUCAUGGGUCAACAAGCCGGGAAGCUCACCGCCGCCAUCGGCUCCAAGCUCACAGCCGAAAUCUCGACCUCAUUUGCUGGUGCCUCCAAAACACUCAUCGAGACUCUUGACUCUCACCAGAAACAGGUCGUGCUGGAAGCAUUCACUUUUGCUCUGAGCCGCAUGUGGAUCUUCUACACCUGCAUCGGUGGUGUUGGCUUCAUCCUCUCGUGCUUUAUCCGCCCCCGCGUGCUCAGCAAGACACAUACAAUCCAAAAGACCGGUCUUGCUCAACAGGAGAAGGCUCGCCAGGAGUUGAUUGAUUCUCAGCGCAAGACGGAGGGCAAGUCCGAGGUUGAUGUCUGA